AUGCCUUUAUCAGCGAAGGCAGUAUUUAGCAAGCCCAAGGCACCGUCUAGUUUCCCCUCUAGCGACUUCAUUCCACGAUUCACGCCAUCGCAAGGCGCUCUCGUUUGCGGCGGAUGUGUAAUCAUUGACCCUACACUACGCAAGGUUGCCUUCAUUCACGACCCGUCCACCGGCAUCAACCAGCUUCCCAAAGGUCGAAAAAACAUUGGCGAAGACAUCCAUGCCGCCGCGCUGCGAGAGGCGCGUGAAGAAACAGGCUUGCACGUCGCUCCUCUCCCCCUAAAGGGCCUGACCCGCGCAACGCCAACGGCGCAAAUGCUCGGCCAACUCGUGCAUGAGGAGGGAGUCGCAGCAGAUGCAGCUGGAGAAGAUGAAGAAGGAGGAGAUGUCUGGGAAGAUGUAGAUGAGGAGGGGACCAACACGGAGCGUGCCAGCGGUCUGACCGGUUGGGCACACCAUUGUGAGCCUAUAGGUAUUACGACAUAUCGGUGCGAGACGACUCUUGCUUUCAAGAUUAUUUUCUGGUAUGCAGCCCAAGCGGAUUCACUCGAGGACCCCAGACGGGAUACAAAGGAGCGCUGGGAGCAGCAGUAUGAGCUGAAGUGGGUGGAUGCAAAGCGAGCCUCGACACACACGACGUUCAAGGCGGACGGCCAAGCCAUGGAAAAGGCACUGGCGGAUAUGCGUCGCUCUGGAUAUGAAAUUUAG